AUGAAGGGUUUAGUUUGUAUACUGCUGCUGCUGGAAACCUCUGUAUUUGUCGUACAGCAGCAGGUAGAUGAAGGACUCACUAACAAUGAGAUCAGUCAACAGCUCAGCUCUGAGGACGGAAGACAGAAUCCACCUAAAACUCACACUGUGAGAACUGAAACUUCAACAGACUGUCAGCAAAACUGCCAACUGUGCUUCCCUGACAUCCAUGCAGCACUGAGAGAACUGACCACCAUUGUUAUAGAGCAGAAAGCAAAUAUCAGAGCUUUAGAAAUGCGACUGACUGAACAACAGACGUUUAUCCUGGAAGAGCUGAACAAGAAAAAUAAUGAAAUUGCAAAUUGCAAAAGUCAAGUGGAGCAGUUGAGAAAGGAAAAUAGAGACAGGCAGAUAGCUUUUUCAGCUGGACUGAUGCAAUCUGGCAAGGGAUAUAUUGGCCCUUUUACCACUGAUAUCACACUAACCUACAGGAAUGUCUUCUCAAACACAGAAAACGCCUACAACCCAAUUACAGGUAUUUUCACAGCCCCACUGAAAGGAGCGUAUAUGUUCAGAAUCUCUGUCUAUGGUCAUGGUAGUGAUUCAGCUCCAUCAACUGUCUCCAUUACUAAGAAUGGAGAGCAUGUGGCUAUAGCACAUGGUCAUCAGGCUGGAUAUGCUGUAAAUGCUUCGAAUGGAGUCGUGUUGCUCUUAGAGGUUGGAGAUGUUAUUUAUGUGAGACUUUGGUCUAACAGGAGGAUAUAUGAUAACCACUAUAACAACAACAUAUUCAGUGGAUACCUACUGUUUCCCUUAUAG